AUGCGCCGCCACCACGAGCGCCCUCGUUGGUCUCACGUAACCCAAAACCCAAAGGACCCCCGUGAGGUCAAAUACAAUGCAGAGGUUACUGCCGAACUGAACUCCUACGAAGCACUUGCCAUCGUUGAUAAGCAACCUGAGUCAAUGGUCAUCAACAACUUGAGAGAUUGGGAGAAAGACGCUAUCUACAACAUCGUUGUUCCUUAUCGAUCUGGACGCGGUUUCACACCUACCCCUCUCACGUGGUCUUCGCCUGAGAAGCACCAAGUCGGAAAACCAUCCGCUGAGGAGCAGAUGGCUGUACUAAACUUCGGUAGACUGAUUGGCUCAUUGGCUGGCGGAAAGAUUGUGCAAAUUCCUUACGCUGAGAAGUUUACUGGUGCCAUUCCUGUCAUGGACACUGAGAUUCCUGGAGACAUGUUCUAUUAUCUACCCGCUCACAUCGAACAACUCGCGAUGAACCAGCAAUACUUCGAAACAAAGCCUUCCUUUAUCGUCAUGAAGGCUGGCGAGAUGCCCAGCUAUGUAUUCUGGAAGCGCAAAGCCGAGUUCCCAGCACCAUCAUACACUGAGGCAGAGCUCCUGGAGCACCACAGAACCACCAAAUCAGGCGCUCCUACACCGGAGGCACGCCCUAGUCCCCUCUCUGCCACUGCACCUGUAGCAAGUCCUGCUCCGCUUUCUGUCAGCAUCGAUAAGGCUGCAGAGAUGACCAAGGAGAAGCGAUCUCAGCCAGUUUGGGAAGUCUUUGACCCUCGCCUCGAAGAAGAUCCCAUCGAGUUCUUGGACUUCUACAACACUUGCUUGCAUGGACGCAAAGGAAUCAGAUCCAAGUUGAUGCUUCGUGAAGCUGAUAUCGACCGUGUCAACUACAUCAGCCCUUGUCUUGCACACAACCACAAAGAGCCUGCCAAGGAGUCGGAAGCUGCUGAAGCCGAGGAGACCACCAUGGACGUCGACCCCGUGCGCAAUGCCCCUUCGCCUAAGGUCGUUGGACCCUCUGUCUCGCAGCCUUCCGAGACUGUUGCCCCCAAGCCAUGGGUACAACCUGGACCAAUAGCUGAUGAUGAUCCAUCAUGGCAACGUCUUUUCGCCAGGCAAGACAGAGAAACACAGAUUAGAUACGCACGUAUUCGACCCAAGCCUGUCUUCACCACCGAAUUCUGUAACGCACCUGGCACAACGACGCUUAAUCCCAAGAAGGCAGUUCUGACACGCGAGUUGUAUGAUAAGUACUACCGCCGUGCCGUCUUGGCCCAUCGCGAGAUUGAGAGCCGUUCCAAGUGCUGUCUUGCUUGUGGACUGCAGUGGACCAAAUGUACCACAACGAGAUACAACCACUACAAGCAGCACCGUGCCGAGCUCAAGCUGUACCUCAACCAUUUCCAGAACGAAAAUCCUCUUAUGGAGGACCCAUUGCGUGUCGAGAAUCUGGAUGCAGCAAAGACUUCUACGAUCAAGGGCGUGCCUGAGAUCAACUGGUUCAAAGAACUGGAAACCAUCAUUCUCAAUAUGGAGAACGAGCUACUCGAGCGUCAGCAAACUUGUCGUAUCUGCGACAAGCAUGUCGACUUUGGCGACGAAAGCAUGGCCGAUCAUUACCAAAAGCAUGCAGACCAGCGCAAGCAGUUGCGAACUGUUGGCGCCAUUGUCGGCUCGGUCCCACAUACUCCUACUGCUGUUCUCGUCACGAGUAAUGGAGCAACUAUUCUUCCUACGUCGACGUCUGAACAGUCCUCGCCUGCACUCAGCUACCACAAGCCCUCGACCACACACCCUCUCGUCCAGAAGAUCGAUGCUGAGAAACGCAAGAAGAGGGCAGAACUAGCCGCAGUUGCCAUCAUGAUGGCAGACAAGGCAAAGGAGCUGCAGGAAACUGGUACUAUCCAGUCUACCUUGUUGUCCCCGAUCUCGCUUCCUUCGUUGCCCAACUCGAGCAGGCCUGUCGUUGCCGCACCAAACGAUGCGAUAGACACUACAGAGGAUGGACCCGUCCACUCGAAUGUCGUUGGCAAGACUACAGCUCGACUUGCCCUCAAGCCUUGGAUGAAGCCUCCUACGCCCAAGUCCAUGUCGCCUGUAGCUACUGCGAAUGAUAUGGAUUUCCUUUCUGGAAAGGACGGUUACAGGGUUCCUACCAUGAGCCCAGCCACCAAACGUGCCGUGAUGGGUGGUCAUCGUUCUGCAAAGCGCGCAAGACCGAGUCCUAAGAAAGCCGAUUCUAGUCCCGAGGACCCAGAACUGGUGCUGGCUCUGAGCCAGCUCAAGGCCUACUGCGAAGCCACGAACAUUGCCAGCAAGGCGCUCGAGAACGCUCACGCAAUGGUGGUGUCCUGCUACCAUUCAGGCGAUUACACGGAAAUUCCCAUGGCACUACUCCUCUUGGCAUGUGUGUACUACGCGUGUCGUAACAACGGAUUCUCACGCAGUUUCACAGACCUCUCCAAGACUUGCGGCCACACACCCGAGGAGAUCAGAGAAGCAGUCAAAAGCCUGCCCGACCGCGAGGCCAAGAACCGUCAGAUCCUGCCUGAAGCCGUAGACGACGAUACCGAUUUGUACACCUCCCCUGCUCCUGGCCCGGUCGCUGCUGUCGAGGAAGAGGCUGACUAUGACCACACAGAGAUCAUUCAGGCCAUUCGCAGCAACUCGGGCGAGCUGGUCGCCUUGGACGACUCCGAGUCGAUCGAGAGCGAGGACGGCGAGGAGGUGCCUAAGGAGUUUGGGGCUUGCGAGCGCGGUCACGGCUACGCCUAUGGCGAGGACAGCGACGAUGACGAGGACGAGGACGACAAUGAGGACGGCAGUGACAACGACGACGCCGAUGAUAACGAGGACGGCGGUCAUAACGAGGAUCGCGACGACAACGAGGAUGCUGAUGGCAAUGGAGACGCUGAUAAAGUGCCCGAGGAGGAUGGAGCUGACGAGGGUAAUGACUCCGAGGACUUUGACGACAGUACCAGCGAAGACUUCUGGUAUCCUCACGACGAUGUUCCCGACUUCGACGGAGGUUUUGAUGUUGAUCAGAUGGUCGAUGCCGCCACACACGAUCUAGAUAUGAACCCCGAGCAACUUUCUCAGGCUAGAGAUGCUACCCAGACGCUUGUCAAUCGGAUUCGCGAAGACUCUGCCUCUACCAAGAAGCAGGGUCUCCACCAAAGGGAAUGGACACAAAACGCGAUCCUUGCUCGUGCUACUGGCAACAACAACCUUCGCAAGAUGAAUCUCAACCUUCAGCAGGCGUUCUCCACUAUUGACAUGACCAACGCGUUCAUCCAUAGAUUCCAGCCGAAUGUGGAGGAGCCGAGCGACCUUACGAAAGAGCAAUGGAUUGAGGGCUGGGUCGUAGAUCACCUCUACAACCUCAACAAGGUGCUCCAACGUAAGCGCUCCAACAAGUCGCCCACCAAGCGUGCUGAGUUUAGCUUCAAAGACGUUCAUCUGGACACCAGUGAUCUGUUGAACGGUAUUCGACUCGAGUUGUAUGAUCUCUGGAGGGUCAUCAUCAAAGCCAAAGAGGCUUUCGAAGAGUUGGUCGCUGCAAACCGCAAGGGCCCUCUCUCGGAGAUCAAGUACAAGAUCGUAGAGCUUCUUAGAGGUGUCUUGAAAGACACCUACCGCCACGGCUACACGGACGCACCCUUCCCCAUUCGACUCAUGGUACCUGUCAGGCACGAUGGUCUCGAUCUUGAGCACGAAGACCUUGAGAUUGACCAGUUGCUGACAGAUGCUCUUGAUUGGGGAUGUGGAGUCAACAACCUGAUGUGUCUCUCGGAUGAGGCUAUGAAGAUGGCCAUAGAAAAGGUCAAGGCCGAACGCGCCUCACCUAGCGAAGGUCACCCUGUCAUCUCUAGAACCAGAAUCGUGCGUGAAGUCCAGGCAUUUGUUCGAUCCGAGAUCAAAGCAGAGAAGCGCUGGAGGCGAAAGCAAGGCCAGACUACUCCUACCCCUCGUCUGCGAAAUGCUCCCCAGUCAACCAGCAAUAGCGGUGUUAGCAGCAAGCGUAAGCGUCCAGCACCCCUGUUCACCCCCGUCUCCAACCGCAAGCGCAAGGGUAGCGACGACUUCUUCCAACCCGGUCCUCCCACCCCUUUAACCCCGAUGAGAAACGACGACCCACUCUACCGCCCCGGAUCUGCCCUAUUCGACCCCACCACACCUCCUUCAACGCCCAGGCCUCGCAAGCGCAGCAGCAGUCGGAAAGCUACUGAUCGCAAUGCUACAAAGGUCGAGAAGAAGCUGAAGAAGAAGAAGCAAGCCAAGAAGGCUGAGAAGAAGGCUGAGAAGAAGGCAGAGAAGGUUGAGAAGAAGGGUAAGAAGGUUACUUUCGAUGCUGCUUUGGGCUCGAUGACACCUUCCCCCAAGCCUUCCACUUCUUCACCAAAGUCAUCGCCUCAGGUGGUCAUCACUAAGAAGGCUAAGUCAUCUGUUUCCGUCCCCAAGAAGGCCACCAAGGUCAUUGCCUCCGAAUCUUCGAAUAGUGUCAAGAAGCCUGCUUCCAAGGCUGGUGUCAAGAAGACUGCGACCAAAUCCAAGAAGACUGACGUUGUCGCUGCUGCCACAAGACCUAAGCGCCAAGCUGCCAUUGAGGCCGAGAAGAGCUUUGGAAAGACGAAGAUUGUUAGAUAA